AUUAACAAAUUCAAAAAAAAAAAAACUGCCCUGCUUGACACAUAAAUAAACCAAGAACAGAAUAGUGGUUGUUCAAUCGUGAAAGAAUUUGCUGUGACAGACAAAAAAAAAAAAAUUAAAUUCUGCAUUCUAAUCUUUAAGAUUUAAAUCAAAUUUAAUAGAGAACCAGAAGAAUUUAGAAGAUAAGAACGAGAAGGAGAAGACAGAGAGCGGUUACGACUCAAGAAAUUUGUGUGUUCGUUAUUGUAGAGGAGGAGGAGGAGUUUGAAGUUAGGGUUAGGGUUUUAGGUUUUGUUAGGUUGAGGAAUAAGAAUGACGGACGUGAUAUUGCAUAUAUAUGACGUAACGAAUAGUGGAUCGGAGAAGACGAACAAUACAAUCAUGCAGAUCAAUAAGAUCUUUAAAGACGGCGUUGGACUUGGCGGCAUCUUCCAUAGCGCUGUUCAGGUUUAUGGUGAAGAUGAAUGGUCUUUUGGAUUCUGCGAACAGGGAACUGGAGUUUUUAGUUGUCCUUCUGGAAAGAAUCCAAUGUACACAUAUCGUGAGAGCAUUGUAUUAGGGAAAACAGACUUUUCCUUCUCUGAAGUGAAUCAGAUCUUGCGCAAGCUGAGUAGAGAAUGGCCUGGAAGUGCAUAUGACUUGCUAUCUAAGAACUGCAAUCACUUUUGUGAUGAGUUAUGUGAAAAGCUUGGGGUGCCAAAACUACCAGGUUGGGUUAAUCGUUUUGCCAAUGCUGGUGAUGCAGCCUUGGAAGUUGCAGGAAAUACAGCCGUACGGUUCAGACAAGCCAAGGCAGAGAUCGUAUCAGCCAGCAAAGUGGCAUAUCGUUUUCUUGCGGGUGUUGCAUCCAACAACGGGCCUGUCAUAGAUUCACCUGGCAAUUCCAACAGGGGAAACCCCAGAUUUCAAGGAGCCUGGUUUAAAAACCUCAUCACUACCGGUGCUAAACCUUCUACUAGCACAGAAACUGACGGUCAGGAUGAAGAUGCAUUUCUUCGGAAGCAGCAUGAACAAGGCUCAGAUUUACCACCACGGCAGAAUUCACAGAAACGGGAUUCAGAUGUACAAACACAGCAGAGAUUGUGACAUGGAAAUCAGGAUUACCAGCAAAACAGAAUCCCCAAUCACAGGAGUCAGAACUUCCUGCCCAUCAGACUUAAACGGGUGAUAUAUGAAACAUCAUUGUAUGGUUACUUGUUGUACCAGUUAAAACAUACAACUGACAAUCCUAUCAUUCAUUGUUAAUCACUGUGAAAUUUCAUUUGCUUUUCCACUCAAUUUGUUCCGAUGGUGCUUAAAGAAAAAGGUACAUUGAAAGGCUCCUUCAUGUCAUGCGAUUGAAAUUCAGAUAAUCUGGAAUCUUCUUAGUAA